AUGGAGGAGGGAGCAACACCAGUUGAAGAGGACUUUUCCUCCCUGCCUCUUUCGGAGCGGCUCGCCCACAAAAACUGGAAAGCACGCGUUCAUGGAUACGAGGAGCUAAUAAGGGUUUUCCAGAAGACAGGAUCGGAGGAUGAUCCAGCGUUCAGACCUUAUAUCCAGAAUCCGGACUUGCUCAAGAAAAUGGUCAUAGACGCAAACGUUGUAGCUCAGGAAAAGGGCGUCGAAGCCGUUAGGAACUUUAUUCAGUACUCAGGAGAAUACGGUGCCCGAACGAGGGAUUCCGUCAUACCGGCGCUCGUAGACAAAUGUUUUGGAUCAACGCGUGCUGGAACCAAAGCCAAGGCGAUAGAGAUAGCUCUAGAGUAUGUUGCGGCCGAGAACACCGGCGAAGGCGUGUUGCACGAUAUUUUUCCUGGAAUCGGCGCAAAGCAACCAAAGGCUGUAGCUGGGUCCGUUAAAGCGCUAGGAGAUAUUUUCAGAGCCUUCGGACCAAAGAUCGUGCCUCCCCAACCAAUCCUCAAGGCAUUGCCCAAGAUAUUUGGGCAUACCGAUAAAACAGUGCGAUCUGAUGGGGCUGUGCUCGCUCAGGCUCUUCAUGUUUGGCUUGGGCCGGCCCUUCAGCCGGCCCUCUCGGAACUGAAGCCGGUUCAAGUGAAGGAAUUGAAUGAGGUUUUCGCGAGGCUGGACGCGGAUGGUCAGGGCCACGGGACUGGAAAGCAGGAUAAAUUCACCAAAGCACAAGAACGUGAGCGAGCAGCGGCGGCGGUUUCGACCAUUGAAGGCGAUGAGCCUGAAGCUGAAGGGGAACAAGUUGCAUUUGAUGCGCGGGAAUUUGCCGAGGAAAUCGAUAUUUUCCCAAAAAUCCCUCAGGAUUUCCAAGCGCAGAUGAAUUCCUCGAAAUGGAAAGAUCGUAAGGAAGCCCUGGAUGCGACGCUGGACGUGGUGAAGGUUUCCGUCAGAAUCAAGGACGCCGAGGGCAUGGGGGAACUGCUCCGAGCGCUGGCAAGGCGAAUGACAGAUGCAAAUGUCAUGUGCGUCAUGACUGCUGCUAAUAUCAUCGGCGGCAUUGCGAAAGGGGUUGGGCAGCCAUUCUCCAAGUAUAAAUCUAUUGUGAUGCCCCCUAUGAUCGAACGAUUCAAGGAGAGAAAAGCCAAUGUUGUCGAGGCUAUUUCCAAUGGGUUAGAUGAAGUUUUCGCGACUACAACAUUUCCGGAUAUCACUGAAGAUCUGCUCAAUGCUCUGCAUUCUAAAAACCCUCAAGUUAAGGAGGCAUCCCAGAAGUUUGCUAACCGUUGCCUCUCUACAACUAAAAUUCCUCCAGCCAAAGCCGAUAUCAAGCCCCUUAUGGACGCUAUGGUGGGGCUCUUGAGUGAAAGCUCCGCACCCCUGCGGGAAAGCGCUAUGGAGGGUCUUGGUAUCUCCAUGAAGAUUCUUGGCGAGCGGGCCAUGAACCCUUUUCUUGAACCAGUUGAUGACAUCAAGAAGGCAAAGAUCAAAGAAGCUUACGAGAAGACCACUGUAAAGUGUAAAAUCGGAGGCACUGCGCCGCCCCCGCCAAAGCCCGCUCCAGCGCCAAUCCCUGCCAAGCGUGCUCCUCCAAAGAGGUCUCCUGUCGAGAUCACCCUGGAAGAAGAAGCCACCCCUCCUAAGCCGGCUGCUAAGCCGCCAGCACGACUACUUGCACGCAGAACUGUUGGUGCCGGUUCCGAACCCUCUCAAUCCGCUGCCGCUCCUCCCAAAGCGAUUGCAGCAAAGAAGCCACCGCCAGUAGCGGUCUCUUCAGCGUCCGCAAAGUCAUCCAAGGCUCCAGCCCCAGUGCCUCCAAGCGAAUCGUUCAAGUUCAAGUUUACUCCUGAGGAUGCUGAAUCGCGAUUCCCAGAUUUGGUCCCCAACCAAAUUUCCAGCGAUUUGGGAGACUCUGCUUGGAAGGUUCGCCUGGCAGCACUGGAUGAAGCUGUUCCACCAUGGAUCGAUAGUAUUGUUGACGACACUGAUUGCGAAUUAUUGAUCCGUUUCUUUGCGAAGAAACCGGGUUGGAAUGAGAAGAAUUUUCAGGUUUCGGCAAAAGUAUUUGGGGUACUUUCAACGCUCGCCGAACGCUCACCAACAUUCAGCAAAGCCUGCGUUGCGUUGGCUACACCGCCUCUGAUCGAGAAGCUUGGUGAUAUCAAGCUGAAGAAACCAGCUGGUGACGCACUAUUAGUAUUUGGGGAGAGAUUUUCACUCUCAUUUGUUUUGAGCCAGGCAUAUGACCCCAUCAACAAACUAAAGGCACCAAAGACACUUGCGGAUGCAGUUGCUUGGGUCAAUGUUGCUUUGACGGACUUCGGAAUCGUGGGACUCCCGCUUCGACCACUAGUUGAAUUCCUGAAGACUGCUCUAAAGAACUCGAACGCAGCUGUACGCAGUAGUGCCACUGCAACCCUCGUAACCCUGCGCUUGUUUGCAGGCGUAGGCAUUAAGGACCUUCUGGAGGAUUUAAACCCCCAACUGCAAAAUACUAUUCAAGUGGAAUUUGAUAAAGUAGAGGGACAAGAGGCGCCGGUGCCUACACGGACCUCGUCGGACGUUGCGGCCACUCCCGCCGUUGGUCUAAAGGGCAAAUCAACCUCCGAAGGCGACCCGCUGGACGAGCUUUUCCCUCGAGUGGACCUGGAAAAGCUCGUUAGUACCACCAAUAUUUUACUCGCAUCGAAAAGUGAGGCUUGGAAAGAACGGAAAGAGGCUUUGGAAAAUUUGAUCGGGAUCCUUGAAGUGGGGACGAACAAACGACUGAAACCGAAUCUUGGCGACAUUGCGGCUAUGCUCAAGGGGAGACUCUCAGAUCUCAACAAAGCCGUGCAAUUACUCGCUCUUGAUGCUAUCUCGAAGAUUGCAAUUGGCAUGAACAAACCAUUCGAGAAGUACUGUAAAGUUCUUGUUCUCCCCGUUGCACAGGUCACCGCCGACCAAAAGGCAAAUGUAAGGGUCGCAGGCACUACAACUUUGUCAGCUAUCGCUCAGGCUUGCGAAGGUCUCGAAGCCAUGGCUCAUUUCAUGGGCACUGCACUCGAGUCCCCCAAUCCACUGCAACGAAGCACGCUUUUAGGUUGGCUCACCGAGUGGCUGAAAGAGUAUCCAGCUACAUCAACCAUUGAUAUGUCAAAUUGGGUUUCGCCAGUCCUGGCGGCUCUGGAGGAUCGAAGCCCGGAUGUCCGAAAGAGUGCUCAGGCUCUGUUACCUUCUGUCAUCAUACAUGUUGGAGUGGGAAAGGUCCUAGAAAAGACGAAUACACUGAAGGCGGCGUCCCGAUCUGCCAUAAUACCACUGAUCAAUUCCGCAGCCGCUCCUAAUGCUGCCCCACCCGACCGCAAACCCGCCCCGUCUGGGAAAAAUGCUUUGAAGGUAGCCCCCACCGCUGACGAACCGGCUGGGCCCACUACUGUAACGUCAAUUCCACCGCAACGAAAAGGGUUACUAGCUCGAAAAUUCGGCAUCUCUUCCCCAAGGCCGACAUCAAGGGCGGGGAGCGGGGACGAACGACUCGACGCCCCGAACACUCCAUUCAAAUCCAAAGUUACAAGCCUGAAGCGGCCUGCUUCCGCAGUUUCCAAGGCCGUCCCCCCCGCCUCUGCACCUUUAUCCGUCCCAUUCUCUACUGCGAAUGUUGAAUCUAAACGCUCCCGCUUGUCGAAAGAUGGAGGCCGAUGGAUUAUCGAAUCAGGACCUACUCGGAAAGACCUCGGGGAAACCUUACAACAUCAUAUGGAACCUCACUGCUCGGGCGAACUCUUGGCGCUUCUGUUCAGUAAGGAUCAUCACGCCGUCAAUGAUCACGUUUCUGGUUUAGGUGUAAUUUGUGAUAUGUUCGAGGCCACCUCCUCGGGAACGGAUUCAUACGGUGUAUCUGCAGAUAUCAUGAGCGCUCGACUGCUUGCCAAUAUCGACCUGCCCCUAAAAUAUGUCUCCCUCCGAAUUCACGAGCCCCAACCUAAUCUCAUCAACAAAUGUCUCGAUGUUAUCGACAAUGCCAUCUCAUUUAUGGCAAACGCAGCGUAUGCAUUAAAUGACCUAGAGGCAGCAACGUUCAUCCCAACGAUUAUACAUAAGGCGAGUGGUUCGGCGGGACUUGGUGAUGCCAGAGAGGUUGUCCGGCAGCGGGUGCAGAAGAUUAUCGAAGCAUUGCCGAAGGUAUUUUCAUCAAGUCGAUUGUUUGCCUUUCUGUUGGAACAUGGGCUCCGCGCCAAAGUCGCAAAAACUCGGGGGGGUGCCCUUGAUGAGAUGGCUAUAAUGAUCAAGAAGAAAGGAAUGUCGGUUUGCGAGCCGUCUAAGGUCCUUCCUGUUGUUGCGGCAUUGGUGGAUGAUAAAGAUGCAGCAGUCCGAAAAUCUGCUCUCUCAGUUAUUGGUGAAUGCUACAUACUUGAGGGUGAGAAAGUUUGGCAGUAUCUGGGUCGCUUGGAUUCGAAAAUCCAGACCCAAGUUGAGGAAAAACUAAGACGACUUCCGAAUGCUGCCAAAGCAGAGUCUGCGGGCGCUUUAACAACACAACGAACUGCAACUGCAACACCGCGGCCUGGUUCACCAGCUCUUCCUGCUAGAAAGGGCAGCAUACCUCCGCCCUCCGCCAUCAGCAAUAAAAACCCCCGUACAGCGUCUCCUAGUUCACCGCUUGCUCUGUCUGGAUCACCUACACCUCAGAUUGCGUCAAGUCCCACGAACCGCGAUCACGGGCCAUCCUCCCCUAGCAGACCCAGAAGCAUUCCAACCUCGCGCCUGGCUGCCCCUCGAACCCGCCCACUUUCUAUUGCCCCCGAAUUCCUUGGUCAAACUCCCCAGAAUGAACAGCGCGGGCUCCGCACUCCCGAAUCGCUCAAAAUUCGAGGUGCGGAUCGCUAUAAUGGUGACGCACUCCUUGAUCAGGACGACGAUCAGAUUGAUGGACAGGAUGAAAUUACUAUCAUCAUUUCGAGCAUACUAAGCUCAGAUCCAUCACGCAGUGUUGAGGCACUGAAGAAGAUACAGAAGAUUCUCGACAUACCUCCAGAAGCGGAACCCUCGUCGCUUGAAUUCCAAGCUCUUGCUGGCCACACCGAUGGCUUGAUAGAAACAAUCACUCUCCAAAUGGCUCAUGUAUUUGAACGCUCAAACGGCGUUGACGAUCCCAAAAAUUACCGCCUUGCCAAGCACCUCAUACAAACGAUGAAUGCAUUUUGCGAUCACACUAUGCUAGCAGAAACGAUGCCUGUCGACAUUCUUACUUCUCUGUUAGAAGAGCUCACAAUGAGAUUGUUGCAAACGGAUGAAAGUAGUGAUGGGAAAGUCAAAGAUCUGUCUCGAUUUAUCAACAUGAUCAUUCUCCGCCUUUUCAGCACUGCCAAACGGAUCAAUAUCUUCAGGUCGCUAUUUAAUUUAUUGCUACAGAUCGUUAGGCCGUUUUCGAAAUCCACUGCAUCUCAGUCGAAAGAGGCGAGACUUGCCGAACUCGUACUAAAGUGCAUGUGGAAGUUGGCUCGAGGCAUCCCAGCUGAUCUCGACAAGGGGAUUCUGGACCCCACGGAGAUUUUUCCUGCCCUUGAGACAUUUUUGCAAACAAUUCCUCCUAAUGAGUGGAGAGCGCGCGCCGCAACCAAAAUCCCAGUCGGAGAUAUGCCCUUACGAACCAUUAAGGUUGUCAUUCAACAUAUAGUCGGUGCCUUCGGUGACGAAGUUUAUGAUCAACUAUCUGUUUCUUUUGACGAUCCCUCUGCCACAAUUGUCUACCCUUAUGUCUAUCGCAUUCUCAACUCUGCGAACGCGGCCGCCCAGCAGCCACAGCAGCAGCGACCGACAUCAGCGGCAAGCCACACAACCUCAAACAGCUAUGCUCCCUCCGUUACUACCUCUGCCCCCUCCAAUGGUAUACACACUAGACCCAUUUCCCCAGAACCCGAACCGAUCUCACGAACACACUCCAAAUCACAAACCUCAACAUUUACUCCUACCCGUCCUCGUUCUGGGUCUGCGAGCGCAUUCUCCGGCCGGGCCAGUUCUCCAUCAACGCCCAAUGGAGUUGAACCUGACCCAGAUGCUAAACUCAUGGAGAUUUUCGGUCAUAUUUCGAGCGACACCACAGGGGCGCUUCACAAAGAAGGGAUUACAGAACUCUAUCACUUCCUGAAAGCUUAUCCUCAUAAACAAGCUAGAGCUGACAAAAUGUUGGACUCAACGGGACCAGCAUUCCGAAAGUACUUGGCUCGUGCGUUGGCAAGCAGAGCGGCAGAGGAGGAGGAACGUCGCGGUGCUGCAGUAGCCGACACUUUAUCCCGCCUGGAGUCAGGUCGUGCCCCUUCGGAACCCACCUCGCCCAAGUCUACAGGAUCAUAUAAUUCUCCGCGAAGAGUCAGCGGCACAACAUCACUAGACGCUACACAAGACCCGGCACUGUCACGUCUACAUGAGCUGUUUCGCUAUCAUGGUCGGAAUUCAGUUAUAGUGGAUUCAAGGAGAGGCUCUGUAACAUCUUCCUCUGGACAUGGGGCCACUUUGACCGAACCCGUACAACCGAAGAAUGAGAUUCCACCUCCAGUAUCCCCCUAA